CAUUGAAUUAAAAUGUUUUUCACUUUCAUGUUCACUUUGUUUUGUGAAAUAUCACCACUUUCACGAACAAAAAUACUCUUUAAAAUAAUUAAAACGAGAAAUUCGUUACAUACUCAUUGAGGGUAGUGAAAUAAAAAAAUGAUGAUUUCAUUAUGAUUAUAACCAUAGAGUCAAAUCUUCACUAUUUUUCUAGGAAAUUGAGAGCGUACUUUUAUUAAUCUUAUUAUUAGAUUCACUAAAUAGGAAGUUUAUAUUUUUUGCAUCAAAAAGGUCAAUCAUUACAAUAUUUUCAUUGUUAUCUUAUUACGUGUUUUUCAUUUUUAAACAUAAAAUUACUCUGGGCUCCAUUGUGUCUAGGAAAUAAUUUGUGUACUUAAUUAACUAUAUUUUGAAAUUUUAUGUAGGAUGUUUUCUAUUUUGCUUAAAAACUGUAAAUUAUGUUUAUGUUUUUAUCAUGAUCUCAUUAAGUCUUUUGCGUGUUUUUAAUUUCAAACAUGAAACGACUCUGGAGCAGAUUUGGGCAGUCUCCUUUUGAAAAAUCGGGGUUACAAAAUAAUGAGAAAGUCACCUGUGUUACUAAUGUGAGUAAACGCCGUUGGAUGUUAAAAUUUAGACAGAUUAUAUAUAUUUACUCUUCGUAUUUAACUAGAUUUUAGGUUACGAUAUGAUGGUGUUCGAAAUCGACAUGUAUCAUUAAUUUUGGCGAUAUAUCGAUAUGUAUUUGUUUAGUCGAAACAUCAUUUUAUCCCUAAUUCCACUCGUAAGCUGCUACUCUAGUCUGUGCACUCAAAAUCAAAUUUCAUAUUUAUUUUUAUUGUGAAACUAUAAUAGGUACAAUUAAUACCUUUUAAUUGUGAAGGUGAAGUUUCAUUCGUAUUUAUUUCACUUUGUCUUUAUCUUUAAAAUAGAUAAAUAUUGAAUCGUGUCUAAUAGAAGUAAAAAAAGUGCUUAAAUUUGCAUUAACUUGUAAAAUUUAGUCCAAGGAAAAUACUUAGUCAAGACGAGUUGAUAUUAUGGAAUCUCCAUCUGUCUCAAAAGAUAUGACGUUCGCAGAGAAACAAGCUGAACGCUUGAAAAGACUGCGUUCAUUACACACAGCCAGAAACGAAGCACGUACUCAUAACUACCAGGAAGUAGUAGCAGAAGAAGCUAGAAACAAAUUACCAUCGAACUACGAAGCAAAGCGUCGACAAGCUGAGUGGCUACUUGAAGACCAACAAAAGCGCGAGGAAGCCGAAAAAGAAGGCAAAAGUUACGAUAGAGUGAAACUCUUGAACAUAUCAGCUAUAGAAGCUGAAAGAUUAGAACGUAAAAAGAAGAAAAAGAAUCCUGACCAAGGAUUUUCAACUUACGAGCAAGCAACAGUUCGUCAAUAUAACAGACUUGUCAAAAACAUGUCUGCCCCUGAUAUGGAACAAUAUGAUAAACAAAAACAGAAAUAUGGUGAUGCUUUCUAUGGUGGACCAAAUGUUAUUAUACAUGGUAUGCACAAUGAUCGUAAAGAAGCAGUUGAUAGAAUGGUUGAUGACUUAGAAGGACAGAUAGCUAAAAGAGCCAAGUAUUCGAGGAGGAGAACGCACAAUGAUGACGCCGAUAUUGACUAUAUCAAUGAGAGGAAUGCUAAAUUCAAUAAGAAAUUGGAAAGAUUUUAUGGUGAACACACUGCUGAAAUUAAACAGAACUUGGAACGGGGUACUGCAAUCUAAUAAAAUAAUCAUUGACUACUGCAGUACUGCAAAACCUCAGUGUCAGAUAUAUUUUGUAUUGUAGAUGAAUUGGAGGAAUUGUGACUGCAUAUGCUUGUGUUAAUAUGUAGUUGAUUGUACUUUUGAAUAUAUUUAGUGUUUUUUUACCCUAACUGUUUUUAAACAUGUUAGUUAUUUUUCGCUAAAAUUGGAAUAGGCAAUAAAAUGUCUGGUAAAAUGUCCUGUUCCAUAUUUUUUGUGCAUUUUUAUUGCCUUUCUUGUUUUAAGCACCAUUUAAAUAAAUAAAUAAAAAUUGUCGAAUUUAGUAGAACAUUUGGCUAGUUCACAAUUGAUAUACCUACUGAAACAAAUCUAUCGAGUAAUCAGAUAGAAGAUUUAUAAAUAAUACAACCACAAAAGUUUUCUAAAGUCCACUGAAUUUUUGAAGGGCCACCAUAAGUUACUUGUAUUUUUAUAAUGUGCAAAAUUUGUUGGAUAAGGUUGUGUCGGUCU